AUGCCUAAUAUAGAGCAACCACAAGAACCUAAACAAAAGUAUAGGCUUGGAAUGGGUUAUACAAAGAAAGCUCUUGAUCUUGCAAUUCAGAUUAACAAAGUAGAAGAACUUGUCAGUUGCUUAAAGAAUUUUAUUAAAGAAGCCAAAGACAAUUUAUUUAGCACACAAAACAAUGCCGAAGAUAUACUUGUUGGAGAUCUGUUGCACAUUCUGCAUAAAGUAAGACGUAAAGCUCCAGCUAAUGAGGAUGGCGAAGAAAUGCGACAAAAAAUCUAG